AUGAAUGAUAACUGUGAUUUGAAAAAAAUGCAAAGUCAAUAUAUCCUCCUUUACGCUAUUUGUUUCUCUACUGUGAAGACCCGUAAUUAUUGGAAUGAUGAAACGCGAAACGCCAUUGUUGAACAUGCUAUAGAAUCGUUCCAAGUAGCCCUUAAUGAAAAUCUGUUGUCGUCAACUCAUUUUCCUGAAAGCAUACAAAUAUGUGGUUCAACAAUUGACAUAACUUAUACAGCUAGACCUGAAGGAACGUUGUGUUAUGCUUCUGUAUCCAGCAAGAUAGCUUUGGAAAAAGUAAUCUUGGCAAACACCAAUAGCAAUAUAGGAUUUUUAAUUUGUUUGGGAGACGAUUAUUUAGCUUGUAUAAUUCAGAAAAAAAUGCAUGUUAAGAAGCACAGACAGAUAACAAAGUAUGUUUUACUUGUUCCAAAUGAAAUUCCUCAACUAAAUCUUUCGAAAGAACUUUCCGACUCCCGUUGUGUUGUUGAAGGGUUAUGCGAAUAUCUUAAUCUCAAAGAACCUGACCUUCAGAAAACUGAAUAUAUUCUUCAAUUUUUGUCAAGUCCACAACCACUAACAAAGUCAGAAAAGCAAAGAGUGCUACGAAAACAUAUUUCCAAUAAACAAAAGGAAAAAGUACGUGAAAAUAAGAAAAAGAAUUAUAGCUCUAUGAGCCCUGUCAAAAAGAAAGCUCUUCUAGAUAGUUUAGAACUUAAAUACAAGGAAAUGGACCCUAUAAAAAAACAAGCACUAAAUGAAACUAAGACACGUAAAUACAAGGAAAUGGACCCUAUAAAAAAACAAGCACUAAAUGAAACUAAGACACGUAAAUACAAGGAAAUGGAUCCUAUUGAAAAGCAAGCACUAAAUGAAACUAAGACACGUAAAUACAAGGAAAUGGACCCUAUUGAAAAGCAAGCACUAAAUGAAACUAAGACGCGUAAAUACAAGGAAAUGGACCCAAAAAAAAAGCAAGCACUAAAUGAGACUAAGACACGUAAAUACAAGGAAAUGGACCCUGUCGAAAAGCAAGGACUUCUUGAAAAUCUAAAACUUAAGUACAAGGAAAUGAACCCUGUAAAAAAGCAGUCUCUUUGUGAGAAUGAUGUACAUAGAUACAAGUCUAUGGAUCCUUUCGACAAAAAGAUUUUACUUGAAAAACGAGCAAUGAAUUAUCAAUCAAUGGGUGCAACUGAAAAAGAAGCUUAUCGUGAGAAAUGUAGAACAAACGCAAAACGUAGAUAUCAUGAAACGAAUUCACCUCAAAAUGCAAAGAAACAACAUGAUUUGCACUAUUAUAUAUCUAUGUUUCAUACGAGAAUAAAGGAAGGUCCUUAUUAUGUGUGUUCAGUUUGUAACCGUCUGUUGUAUAAAAAGUCAGUUAAAUUGUUAGAAAGGAAAAAAUACGAUUCUGUUCCAAACUCUGUAUUCACCAUCGUAACUUCGUUUGACGGCAAAGAAUAUAUUUGCAUAACUUGUCACUCAAAGAUAAUUAAGGGACGAAUUCCCUGUCAGGCAGUUUACAAUGAUAUGUUUGUUGAUGAAAUUCCAGUAGAACUUGCACUUCUAGAAAAACUGGAACAAAUUCUAAUUGCGCAAAGAAUUGUGUUUGAAAAGAUAAUUGUAAUGCCAAAAGGGCAACAGAAAAAAGUUUCGGGAGCAAUUUGUAAUGUACCAGUUGACUGUGAUCAGACAUGUAAUGUUUUACCACGGCCACCUGAAAUGUCUGGUAUAAUAAUGCUCAAGCUUAAACGCAAACUUGAAUUUAGAGGUCAUGUAUAUUUUCAAGCAGUUCGUCCCCAACAAGUUCUAAAUGCAUUGAAUUGGCUAAAACAAAAUAACCCAUUGUAUUACAAUAUUAGAACUGAUAUGAAUAAUAUCAGUGCAAAUCUUCAAAACUUAGAACAAGAUGAUACUUUAGCAGAAACGUCAGAAUCAGCAGAUACGUCUUCUGUAAUAUUACCACCAAAUGAAACUGACAAUAUGGAAGAAGAUGAUGAUCCACUAAAUAAAUAUCGACGAGCAACAAAUGAAUCAUGUUUACAGUCAGUACUACCAGACUAUCCUGUUACUAUACAACAAAGUGGUUCACUGGGUAAUGUAAUAUAUGAUAUUGCUCCUGGAGAAAAUAGACACCCUGUAUCAAUAAUGACCGACAAGAAAUCAGAACAACUUGCAUUCCCGGUAUUAUUUCCAAAAGGACGCUUUGGGUAUAUGGAAGAGAGAAAGAUUAAAUUAUCUCCUGUGAAGUACUUCAAUGCGCGUCUUCUGCAUUACAGUGGGAGAUUUGCUACAAAUUCAGAAUAUCUAUUCUUUGCACAAUUUGUAACUGAACAAAAGAAAGUCGCUGAUAGCAUUAACAUUGCUUUAAAAAAGAUCCAAGGCCAGCCUGUGACUGCAUCCCAGAUAAAGUCAGAUGUUAACAAAUUGAAAAGCCUAGUUUGUCAAGAUCAAGCAUACUUAUUUUUGAGGCAAAUUCCUGGUACACCACCCUACUGGCAAAAGUUUAUGUAUGAAGUAGUCGCUAUGGUAAAACAACUUGGUAUCCCAACAUGGUUUAUGACGUUAUCAUGUGCUGACCUGAGAUGGCCUGAGUUGUUUCAAAUAGUUGCUAGAACACAAGGAAAAGAUAUAACUGAAGAAGAAGUUGAAGCUUUAUCGUAUGUGGAAAGGUGUCAAAUGUUAAAUGCUAAUCCUGUUGUUGUUGCAAAACACUUUCAACACCGAGUAGAAACAUUUUUUAGUGAAGUCCUUCUUAGUCAUUGUAACCCAAUAGGCAAAAUAACUUACUAUGCUCUUCGAAUUGAGUUUCAAAUGAGAGGAUCUCCCCACUUACAUGCAUUAGUAUGGACUUCUGAUUGUCCAAAACUUACUUCUGAGAGCAAGGAUGCCUAUGUAGCAUUUAUUGAUGAACAUGUGCAAGCUAACCUUCCUAAUAAACAAGAUGAACUAGAGUUGCACGAGUUAGUCAAAACGUAUCAAAAACAUAACCAUUCAAAAACCUGCAGAAAGUACAAAAACGUUCAAUGUCGUUUUAAUUUUGGACAGUUCUUCACCAAACGAACAAUUAUAGCUGAGCCUCUUGAUGAGAAUAUGGAUGAGGAAGCCAAGUGCACUAUACUUAAUAGACGAAAAGAAAUCCUAACAUUAGUCAAAAACAAAAUUGAUGAAGUCUUGAAUCCAUCAUCAAAAGAAAACUAUAUCGCAACUGCUACCGAAAAAGAUAUAUUAGAUUCAGUUGGUAUAGCUGAAGGUGAAUAUUAUUGGGCUCUCUCGAUUUCACCAGAUUCUGAUUUCGACUUACAUCUUAAACGACCAGUAGAUAGUUGUUUUAUUAACAAUUAUUUUGUUGCUGGGAUUAAGGGAUUUGCGGCAAAUGUUGACCUACAACCAGUUUUUAAUCAUUACAAAUGCAUAACAUAUGUAUGCUCAUAUUUUACAAAGGAUGAAACUGAAUGUUCUCAGGCUAUACUUAACGCUGCAAAGGAAGCUAAAUCAUCUAACAUGAACAUCAGAGACGGUUUAAAAAAAAUUGGUGCUGCUUUUCUUUCUACAAGAGAGGUUAGUUCACAAGAAUGUGUAUAUAGAUGUAUGCCUGAACUGUGGUUGAGAAAAAUAUUCCCAAUGACUGUUUUUGUCGGUACAGAUUUACCAGAGAAAAGAGUCCGUAUGUCUAAAACUCCAAGUGAGCUUGAUGAACUUGAUGACGAGAGCACAGAUAUUUACAAAUCCAACAUAAUUGAGCGUUAUAGCCUAAGACCAAAAGGAAUUCCUGUUGUUGAUAGAUUACGUUUAGCACAAUUUGCUGCAUUCUAUUAUAAGGGUUAUAGGACAGAGAAUGUUGAAACGAAGGAUUCUCAACCUGAUGUUUUAAAUGAUGACUUGCUUGAAUCACAUCACUCGAAGGAAGAUACAGAACAAUCUCUUCCACCCAAAAUUAAAUUAAUGAACAGAAAUGAAACUAUGAGGUGUAGGAAGGUUCAAGCUAUUAUAAGAUAUCAUACACCAAAUAAAAGAAAAGAACCAGAGUUAUAUUUCCAUCAUUUGCUUAUGCUGUAUUUUCCUUGGAGAAGCGAAACAGAGCUCCUAAGUUCCGAUCAAACAUAUACAUCCAAAUUUUAUGAACCUGACGUUCAAGCUAUUGUGGAAAAAAACAAAGUUUUGUUUGAACCUGAUGCUGAUGCUAUAACUGAUGCACUAGAAGCAAUGAGAAAUAAUCCUGACAAAACAAUCCAUUCCUAUGAUACCAUAAAUGAUCAGGAAAAUUCAGAUCUCCAAGACGAACUACCAAAUGAUACAAAUCCUAACGAGUCAUUUAAUGAACAACGACCUGAUCAUCUUCACCUUACACAAUCAAAUCAGUCUUCUGCUACAAUUACUUACCACAAUCAACCAUCAGAAAUUUCCGAUGAUCAACUGCGCCAAUCAGUUAGAUCCUUGAAUGCAGAACAAAGGUGUGCAUAUGAUAUAGUUCUGUCUUGGUGCAGAAAACUAAUAAAAAACAUGAACAGUUUAAAACCUGUUGAAAUAAAACCUAUAUACCUCUUCCUUACUGGAGGUGGUGGCGCUGGCAAAAGUCACUUGAUUAAAACAAUAUACCAUACGGCAGUUAAAACGUUUAGACAUCCUCCGUUUAACCCUGAAUUACCAACGGUUCUAUUAAUGGCACCUACAGGUGUUGCAGCUAUAAAUAUUGAUGGAACAACCUUAAAUACAGAACUUGCUAUUCCUAAAGAAACAGGUGAGAACCUUUCGACGAAAUUUCUAUGGUUGGAAACACAACUUUGUUACACACUCACCAACGAUUAA